GGUGUGUUCCGGUUAGUGCAUAGGGUUAUGAAAAAGCCAUGACAAGUGUACUACUUCCGUCUUCUCCCCCCCAGCGGAUAUAGAGAAAUGACAGCGACUCUGCGCCCGUACCUCAACGCUGUGCGUGCCACGCUGCAGGCCGCCCUCUGUCUGGAGAACUUCUCCUCUCAGGUGGUGGAGCGCCACAACAAGCCAGAGGUGGAGGUCCGGAGCAGUAAAGAGUUGCUGCUGCAGCCAGUCAUCAUCAGUCGUAAUGACAAGGAGAAGGUUCUUAUCGAGGGCUCCAUCAACUCGGUCCGAGUCAGCAUCGCUGUCAAGCAGGCGGAUGAGAUUGAGAAGAUCCUUUGCCAUAAAUUCAUGCGCUUCAUGAUGAUGAGAGCUGAGAACUUCUUCAUCCUGAGGAGGAAACCGGUGGAGGGUUAUGACAUCAGUUUCCUCAUCACCAACUUCCACACGGAGCAGAUGUACAAGCACAAGCUGGUGGACUUCGUCAUCCACUUCAUGGAGGAGAUCGACAAGGAGAUCAGCGAGAUGAAGUUGUCUGUCAACGCCAGGGCCCGUAUCGUCGCAGAGGAGUUCCUAAAAAAUUUCUAAGAAAAUUCCCAAACAUUCCUUACGCUGAUCACGACCGUCAUCAUGGUUUCUGAGGGGUCCGCAUCACAGGACGGAGAGAGGGAGGGGCAAACAUUGUGACCAGUCAUUCGCAAUGGAAAAAAGUAAAGAUGCAUCAGACCAAUGGGGUGUUGCCCUACAUCAUUGAGGUAUCCCUGUGCUCAGAAAUAUUGAUGUUUGUACAUAAUUAAUAUUCACAGCCUCGUUUAAUUUCUGCCUUUUAGAACAAAGCAUUAAAUCAGGGUGGGUCCUUAAAAUAAAAUCCUAAUCAAUAUUAAUGAGCACAGGGAAAUGCAUGGAGAUUUCUGAUAAUUGAAAAACUUUUUUUUUUAUAUAUAUAUAUAUAAAUAUUAUAUUCACAAUGUUUUGCUAAGUUUUUGUUACGACACCUGUUUCUUGUCUUAAUACACACAGAGCAGACCCUAUCAUUGAUGGAAAUGAUUGUGAUAAGUGCUGGCAGUGAUUAAUAAAUCCCUUUAUUGUUUUUUUGCUGUGUUAUUUUACCAUAAUAGUGUAUUGCUUGGACCUGUUUAUCUUUAUGAUGAGAAAUUUGACAUUGCAUUCAUUAAUCAAACUAUUUACAUACUAUAGAAAUUUGGGUAAAUUUGUGGAUGAAAUGUCAGCUAGCUUGUUGGGACCUGUCAGAUGAAAUGUUUGUUUCUACGUAACAUGCCAUAGUAGAUAUAUUACAACUGUAUGAUGCAUGCGAAUGGCACCUUGUUAGCUACUACAUCAUGAAUACCAUAAAUAUCCUCAACUAUCUAGUCGGCUUUGGUUUGAAUUCAUAUCGUUAUUUUAUAUGGCUGUUGGUAGACCAUGGCAUUUGCAACGCCAGUAUAGGGUAACCCUGGGAAUCAAACCCACUAUGUAAAAUGUAUGCACGCUUAACUUUAAGUCAUUACUAGCAGUAAAUCAUUGGACAUUAAGGUAACACUAUUUGGAUAGUCAAUCUGUAGACGCUCUACAGAGUAACAUUUAACUAUCUAACCCUAGCUCUAGGGCUAGGUUUAGAAUUAUGGUUAAAGGUAACCUUGGCAAGCAGUUUCUUAUCAAAAGUUUUGAUAGUAUGACAGAUGGAAAAUCUGGACUAUACAAAUAAAGUGUGACUGAAAUUAAUAAUUAGGCUACCAACAUUCUCAACAACUGCGUGGCCAUGCACUCUCCAACUCAAUCAUCAAGUUUGCAGAUGAGAGAACAGUAGUGGGCUUGAUCACCAACAACGACGAGACAGCCUACAGGGAGGUGGUGACAGGAAAACCACCUCGCUCAACGUCAACAAAGAUGAUCGUGGACUUCAGGAAACUGCAGAGGGAGCACCCCCC